AUGUCUCAAGCCAUUGGAAAGACUGCCCUCGCAUACGCCCGUGUCUGGCACCUCGUCGACGCCAAGCAGAGAGUCCUCGGACGCAUGUCCGUCGGAAUCGCAGAGACCCUCAUGGGAAAGCACAAGCCGAUCUACGACCCCGCAUCUGACUGUGGAGACUAUGUGGUUGUGAUCAACGCCAAGGCAGUCAAGACAACAGGAACCAAAGCACAGGACAAACUCUACAGACGCCAUUCGGGAUACCCUGGAGGACUCAAGGAGACGACGUUCGAGAACAUGAUGGAGAAGGACCCCGACGCAAUCAUCCGCAAGGCCGUCUCGGGCAUGUUGCCCAAGAACCGUCUUCGUGAACCUCGUCUCGGACGUCUCUUUGUUUUUGAGGGCGAAGACCACCCCUAUGAACAAAACAUCAUCAAGCGGUACGAUGCCCUUGGAAAGGAGACCCUUCUUGACCCAUCAAAAGUUGAGGCAUAA